AAGACCAUCGCUAGGUACCUGUAAACAAUCUUCUGAGCAGUUGAUCGUUCGUGCUGCAGAGGGGUGGUUUUCAGCUAAUUAUUACAUUAAUUAUGAACUGCAAGUAUAGCCUAUGAUCAGUAUAAUAAUAUACAUAUAUUAUUUAUUUCUUGUGAACGAGCAAUAAAAUUCACAACCGAGACAAGGCUUCUCGAACCUUCGUUGAGCCUAGCCUAAGCUGACUAACUUUCCAAACAAACCCCGACCCCGGCGAUGCGCUAGCGACGUCCGACUAGGCCUAGUCUAGAACGUUCACCUAAAGCCUUGGCCAAAGGCUCGACCUAGGCCUAGUGACAAAAACUAGCCAAACACACGUUGCUGUAUUACAUUUUGUAUUCUUUAUUCAUGCGUAUAGAAACAAAGAUGCCUAUAACCAAAGUUCCCAUCGUCCAUAAAUUUGGGAUUAUAUCCCAUAGUCAAAGAGAAGAGUUACAAGAAAGAUUAAUGAAACAGAAAUUCUUAGGAGCUCAGAAAAGUAGUCGAGAAAUUCCCACUACAAGGAAUCCAUUAGAACUAACAGAGGAAUUCAUUCAUAAAUUCAAUGCUGCAACUGACUUUGAGGCUAAGGAAGAAUUGGAAGAAGUUGCAUUCAAGAUUUUAGCAAGGGCAAAGCGGAGGGUUGGUUUAAAAGAUGCAAGUAAAGGCAGCCAUGUUGAUCUACCUAAGGCCUGGUCAGAACUCUCAGUAUUGGCUCAAUGCCGUGGCAAAGUCCAAGAAGAGUGUCUGGACGUGAUGAUCAUAUCUCUGAAUCAAGCACCCCUGUCACCCAAUAACAUCAACUGUUUAUUUUACCUCGGUGAAACCACACUCUACUGGCUACGCACAGAUGCUAUGAAUCAACCAUUUCUCAGGAUAGGGGAGAUCAAGUUAUUAAAGAUGGGUCAACUUGUGUUUACUAGACUAUUCUUCCAUCAUAUGGCAGGUCAUCUCCAUGGCUACAAAGAAUGCAAAGAUAGAUUAAUUACAUAUUUAGAAGCCUUGAUUAGGGGCUUUACACAAUGUGAGGAAGCUUACAGCCCCUACCCAAGUGCGCAUCUUGCCUUGCAGUAUAUUGCCGAAGUGGGAGCCAUGAUUGUUGGAGACAACGUUGGGGAUGCAGGCGAAAUCAAAGAAAGUGACAACAUUAUAAAGAAAGAAUUUACUCAAAAAGAAACAGAGACAAAUGUAAGUGGAAGAAACUCAGCCAUUGAAAAAGCUGGUACAACAACUUUUCACGAUGCGAGUAAUCCAGCAUGUCUUUCACGAGCCACAACAAUCCAUGACCUAAGUCCAAGUCUUUGGCACAGUUUAGAUGUUUGGAGAUGUACAGUUCACCUCAGUGAUGGCUUUCAAGAGGCUGUCAAAGCAUUGACACUGUGUGGGACAGGCUUAGCUUCUGAAAAUUGGAUUGAUGCAUUGUGUGCUUUUAAGGUGCUUUCUGAAGCAGCAAAGGCUAAUCUAACAGUGUUGAGGGCGCUACAGAAUCUUGCAAAAGGUAUCGUUCCUCCAAAGACACCAGUAGGAGGUACUCCGAUCAAAGAAGACGAGAAAGAUUAUUCUUUUAGUGACAUUUACGAAGAUGAACAUGAUUCGGCAUCUAGUCUGACAAGUACAAAGUCAAGCUUCAGUGACUUAGAAACCAGUGAACUCAAAUUUGAUCUUUCACCAAAGCAUGGGUCAAAGGACAAGCCAGAGAAAAAGAAAACAAGCCUUGAUGAUUACAGCAGUCAGUCACUAAGAAAAUUAGUGAACAUAUCCAUGACAGCUAUGAUUGACACUCCACAGGACAAGCACGCCGACUCACUGACAGACCGCAGUAGUUUCUUCAACAAAGAUUCCAGAAUGCUGAGUACUCCAGCUACUCUUCUGAACAUAAGUAGUCGGGAAAAUUUGGACUCGGCCGGGGAGUUGUCUGGGUACGGCAUUAAUCAGGACAGGUCACCAAGCAUUGAUAGCGAUUUACUGCCUGGAGAUGAUAGUCAGGUUUACCCGAACCAGGUGGAUGUAACCAAGGGGCCAAAGACAGCCAUGAGAUUGGCUCAAGGACCAGGCAAGAUGAAGAGAGAAGUCAGUUUUGAUGCUUCAGCUGACAGAGGCAAAGAUGAUGCAGUGACUGAACAGGAACAGAAGAGGGGUAGUGAAAGUCUAAAGAAAGCUAGUGGAUUGUCAAUGACAUCUACUAAAACGGGCAGAAUGGUUCACCCAGGUUCAGUGCCAAUGGCAACAUCACUACCAAGCACACCUAAGUUCCCCAGCAGGCAGCUUCCAAACAUGCUGGGUUUGAUUGGUUGGCGUUGGCAAGUGGCAUUUGCAUACACAGAGUUAAUGGGAUACUUGUGUCUUCAUGGAAGUACAUCAAAUAUCAGAAAGGUUGCUCUUAUCGGGGAUAAUAAACAAGAUUCCCUAUCCUAUAGGAAAAGGAAUGAAUCAUUGGGUGUUCCGAGUGCAGGGCUACUGGACCUUGUUAACUUCAAAAUGAGUUCAAACGCAGAUGAUAAUGACCAAGAAGCUGUGGAAGAUUGGAGUUGGCGUAUCCGUUACUGUGCUGUCCAAGGUUUAGUUAAGAUCUGCCGUUGCACCCAAGGAGAUAAGUCAAAUGAAGGAAUGCGAACUGUUGCAUGGAACACACUCAUGAAGUGUCAUUCUAGGGAGAAGGAUGAUAGGGUGCUAGAAGCAAUACGUGUAGGUCAGGUAGAUGCCCAGAUAGAGAAAGAGGCCUUGAAGAUUGAUGUUACACAUUCAUUGGACGGACGACUUGCUGCUGGUCUUUCUUCACUCUAUCUUCCUCCACUUGCCCCUCCAGUGGCAGUUGCCAAACGGUCACCCCGUCGCAAAGUGGAAUUACCAAAGCCAAGCCAACCACUGCAGAAGAGUCCAAAUCGACCAUCAUUGAAGGAAGAGUUGUUGCUGUCUACAGCUUUGCAGGAGAAACAACCUAGUUUCACCACCAGGACAAGUCUAGACUUGAAAAGAAUUGUGGAAGAUCAGUGGCGAAAAGAGCUUCAGGAUAUGUUGCAACAAGAAGAGGAUGAGAAAGAGAAAGAACUUGAAGAAAGGCAAAACCAAGAGGAAAUACAUCAGAAACAAGCAGCAGAAAGGAAGAUACAAAAGUUUAAGAAAUCUUCAAAAUCACCUGUUGAAUAAAUUUUCUAUCAACAUCUAUGGAUAAUGAUGAUGAUUGUUUUCUUAGCUACUAUAGUACUCCCAUGCAUUUGUGAUGGUGUACUGUAUCUUGAGAUUAUUCAAAAAAAUGGGUACACUAGCUUGGUUACCAGGUGCAUUUCUUUGAUGUGAUUUUAAAUACUUCAGUGAAAUCUCAGCAAGUUUUAGUGGAAGGACAAACAUCCAAAUUCCUCCACCCCCCUCCUCUUUUCAUCACCAUUGGUCACAACAAUACUGUAAUACUAAUGGUUUGGUAUAGUGUUCUUAAACUGGUACAGGGGCAGAUCCA